CCGGUGGAAAGCUAGCAGUCUGAACUAUGGAGCAGAUAAACGAUAUCCAGGUCGUUCCGUGCACCAACUCCAAUUAUCUGAAACCAUUCAGGGUGCAAUAUAGCCAGAAUGGGACAAAGAAAUCGUGGGACUUCAUGCGAACUCAUGACAGUGUUUCGGUGCUGAUCUUCAACACCACCUCACACUGCUUCAUCUUGGUCAAGCAGUUCCGUCCAGCCGUGUACAUGUGUGAGUGGGAGAGGACCAAGGAGCCAGCCGUGCAGGCAGCGGCGGGGGAGGAGGAAGAGGGGGCUGCAGCCACUGCUAUCCCAGAGACUCCCAUCGGCGAGACUCCCCAGGAGGAGGCUGUUGCUGGGGGCGUCAAGACCCCCCAGCCCCCGGGCUCGGCGGGUAUGACCUACGAGCUGUGUGCAGGCCUGGUGGACAAGGCCGACCUGUCGCUGGAGGAGAUUGCCAGGCAGGAGGUGCUGGAGGAGUGUGGCUACGACGUGCCAGUCACCAAGCUGCGGAGGAUCACCUCGUACAGCUCCGGCGUAGGCGUGACAGGAGCCAAACAGACCAUGUUCUACGCCGAGGUGUCGGACGAGAACCGCGUGGGCAAGGGCGGAGGCGUGCCUCAGGAGGGGGAGCUGAUUGAAGUGGUCAAAGUGCCCCUCCACGAGGCCAUGACAUUUGCCUACGACGAGAGCAUCCCCAAGACCAUGAGCGUCAUCUUCAGCUUCAUCUGGUUCCACAACAACAUGUCGCCCAAGUACAAGAUCUCCACCAACGUGUAACCCACCCAACCCCGUCCUUGCACUCUUGAGCCUGAGGUAGAAGUUGCAGUUAACAACAGAUCUGGGAUCAGAAGACCCUAACCCCAAGCCUUAUCUUUACUAUUAAGGGUAUGGAGAAAAAUAUCUGACCCUGUGUCAGUGGUUAGAGACAACUUCAAUCUACUCCCAACACCUUGCCUCUGACAAUUUCCAUAUAAAAUGGCCCCA